CUAUUUCUUGUUCUUGGAUGGGAACUUCAAGGUGUAGUUGGCGGGGAGGGGAAGAAUCGGGUAGCGAUGAUGGACACGAUUGGGGUCCUGUAUGCACACACACAGCAGAGACAGCACAGAUACCAGCCAUUCAGCAUGGCGGCAGGGGCCUUUUUAAGCACGCACGUACCGGCAGGCAGCAACUACAAUGGAUAAAGAAUAAUACACAGGCCGCCACCCGUAUAGAGAGAAAGAAAGAUAGACACAGUCUCUCGCUGCGAUGAUAUCUAGGUGUGUAUCGGCAAGGGUGUAGCAGCACGAAACCAAGAAAGAGGUGAAUGUCACUGCACCCCUUGCCCCCUCCCUCUCCCAUACUGACCCACCCACAUUACUCGCUUUCUGUCUCACUCUCACUGCUGCUGCUAUCUGUCCCCUCCUCUCCCUCCCUUGCAGCCAAGAACCUGCCCGCCACCCUCCGGGCCACAUUGAUUCGACGGCGAUAAAACCUGGCCUGUCGCCGUCCAAACUGAAACACUGUCGUGCCAACAUCAAGCCCCGCCGAGCUAAAGGCUGGCCGGGACUCCUCUAUUCUUGCCUUAGGAGGGGCGGGCCUAAAAACGCCCUCUGCUAUCGCACUGCUGCCUGGGUUCACUGGUGGUGCGCUUGCUGUGCUUGUGCUUGUGCUUGUUUUGCCCGUGCCUGUCUGCUCGCUUCUAGGAGGAUUGCUGGCUGGCGCCUCUGUCUCACUUGCAGAAGGAGUGGGCGAGGCGGUGGUGGCUGCCUCUGUCGGAAGCGGGCCAAUCGGCACCACCUCCUCUUGCGCUAUGACAAGAGUGAUGUUGUCUCCUCCCUGCUCCUGCCUAGGGCCUGUCUCAUCCCCGCCUGUCUCUGUCUCUGUCUCCCCUGCAGUACCAGACGAGACAUCGGUACCACCACUGCCCGCUCUCUCUGCCCCCCGCUCCCUUCACAUUCACGCACGCCACCACCAGUGGUCCCCCCGCCCCCCGGAUCGGGCAUGUACGGCACGACAGGGAACCCGUGCACCUCUAGUGGCUGUACCUUCUCUUUCUUCUCCUUCUUCUUGCCGGGCGUCUUGUAGAUGAGCGUGCCUGCGGGGACCGCCAUGACGCACUUCUCCCUCUUCUCGUCCAGCACAAAGCCACCGUCCUUCACGUGCUCACACUCCAAUGCCGGCUUGUAAAUCGUUAGCUUGGCGCACGCCUUGUUCUGUGCGUUGAAAUAGCUGAUGCACAAACGCACAUACGCAGAGCUACAGAGGUAUCCGUAUGUUCUGCGGCUUCUCUUAUCCACUCACCCCUUUGGGCAUUCGAUCUUGAGUGCAUCCUUUUCCUUGACCUGGUCGACACAAUCGCCCGUGAGGGGGUCGAGCUUAAAUUUGUAAGGGCACCGUAUCUCUGCGUCGUCUAUCUUGUGCUUCACACACGCGUCGAACUCCGCUCGAAAAUACCAACCCUGAGAAAAGUUUCGCAGAGGCCACGAGAGACAUGAAUAGCGAAUGAAUCCCCGGGCAUACCUCAUGGCAAUUGUCCUUGGCUUUCGGUGCUGUGCCCAUGUACUGCUUGCAAGUGAUUUUGAAUUUGUCCAUAGUGAAUCCCUCCGGGCACACACUCAUGAUCUCGCAGUGCUUCUUGAAGCCCGGCUUUAUGUGCUCCUUCUUGUCUCCCAGCAGGUCGCGGCCAGGUGCGGUCCCAAAGCCCUCCUCCCACAUCUUGACCAGAUCCAUCUCGCGAGGGUCAUCCACUGGAUUGUCCUCUGUUCCUGGGUUGUCUUGCUGGGCCUCGAGGGCCCUCCUCUUUUUCGUGUCGUCUGGCUGUUUGGUGCUGAUGUAGGAGCAGAUCUCCUGGUGAAUUGGCGGCACCUCGUUGAUGAUGAUGCACACUUCCAUCCCGCCCUUGGUCUCCUUCUGCACCAGGGCACACAAACGCACUGCGCAUCUAUUCGCGGCUUUGAGCACUGUCUGUGUCGACCUUUUUGAAGCCUUCGGGGCAGUGGGUCUUGGGAAAGUAGACUUCGUUCUUGAUGCAGUAGGCGAAAGGCCCCUUCGGCUCCUCCGGCUCUUUCUUGUGGUGCUCUCCUUUCGGGCUGUGGUAGCUGGUCUUGUAGGCGUCCUCAACCGGAUACUUGGACUCAAUCCUCCACCAUCUGCCACGCACACAGACCGAAACACGCAGGAAGAAAAGAGGUGGGGACAGAUGUAGGCAUGUGCGAUGGUGCCUGCAGCAGACAAGGGCUCACGUACUUUGGCUGGCCUUCCUUGUGGCCGCAUUGAGGGCUCGGGGGCUCCCGCUUCUCCCCCACACACUUGUUCAAGAUCACAUCGGGAUGGAGACCCUUCGGACACUCCUGCACAUGAUUGAUCAAUCAACACAAACGAGCGAGCCGAAAAUGAGGGAAGGAGAAAAGAGGCAGCCAAGCUUGGACACUCACUAUUUUGACAGGCUCUGCCUGGUCAAACAUGUUGACGUAGUGGCACUGCUUGGUAACAAAAUCAAGCCGUUCAAUCGCAUCUUUGGUCUUCUUCCCUGAACACACAUACGACAUGAGCAAGCUCGUCACAUCAACACACAUGGCCGUCCGUACAUCCUCCCCCAACAACCUACCUGCGAGGAACUUCAGGCAGUGCCUGAUGGGUUCGACUUCAACGAUGGUGCCCUUGGGCACCACAAAGGGCUUCUCCGGUAGCUUGUGCUUCUUCGCUUUGUCUUUGUCCUUGUCAGACGUCGCCAUGAUGAAGUUUUCCCCGUACCCGCCCAUCGACAGAGUGAGGGGCGUGUCAAAGUCCAUGGGGGUGAGCGUUUCGGCGUCGGUGGCAGCUUGUUGGGCGGCGAGUCUCUUGCAGAAAAGGAAGAGAAGGAAGAAACGCAGCAUCGCGGGGGGGGAGAAUCAUGAAUUCCGAUCGGACCUCAGAGGUCUGCAAGCUCGGCGCGCAGAGGGACAAAACGGCCCACAUCAUGAUGAGCGUGACUCCACUGAGUGUUCCAGUAGCCAU